CUCAUUUCACACUGAUAAAUAAUCAGUGUAUGAUCAUUUGAAAAGAAACAAAUAAAUAAAAAUCUCAACUUUCAAUAUGGGGAGAGGGAUCUUGGAGAGAUUUCUAUUUUGCUCAGAGAGUUGGAAUUGAUCAUUUGCUUCAGUUUCUGAUAGGAGCAGAGACCCAGUACCUUACCGUUGAGUUGGCGCUCCAAUUCUCCGUCGAUAGCCUGCAACAUCAUCGUCGUCAUCAUCUUCAUUCAACUCACCUUCAAAUUUCAAAAUUUGGAAUAGAACCCUUUUGUAUUUCCUUCCGUGGCAGAGACCCAAAUCAUGAGAAAUCAAAGUAAUCAUUUCAAGUCUCGUUGAUUUCCUUAUUUUCAUAGGCUACUACAUUAACAAGCUCUUCAAUUUCAGGAUCAGUAUGCGUGGUCCUGGAAAGAAGGCGUCACGUCAAGAAUUUGGAAAAUCUGGCUUGUCAGAAAGGGAAACUGAAUCUGAGCUAAUUUCAUCAUUACAGUUCAAAAAAAGGAGCAACAUGUCAUGUAGCAGAAAACCAAAAGCUAAAGUAAAAUCUCAUGCAAAGAGAAAUAGUACAAACCUGUCAAAGACAAAGCGGAAGGCUACUGGUGCAAUGUCCUCUAAAAAGCGGGCUUCCAUGAAGCUCCAAGACAAGAUUGCCUCAGUUGUUAGUCCUGAAGGGGAUGGAAAACAUAUCAGUGAAGAUGUCAAAGUUAAGAAACUAAGGAAGAGGAGGAAAAAGAAGCAGAAGAAUAAGGUGGAGUUAGACGAAGCUUCACGUCUUCAAAGGAGAACAAGGUACUUGUUGAUUAAAAUGAAGCUGGAGCAGAAUCUUAUUGAUGCUUACUCUACAGAAGGUUGGAAAGGUCAUAGUCGAGAAAAGAUAAGACCAGAAAAGGAGCUAGAAAGAGCAAGGAAGCAGAUACUCAAGUGCAAACUUGGAAUUCGUGAUGCAAUUCACCAGUUGGAUUCCCUUAGUUCUGUGGGGAGCAUUGAAGACACAGCUAUUGCUCCUGAUGGAUCUGUUUACCAUGAACAUAUAUUUUGUGCAAAGUGCAAGUUACGUGAAGCUUUCCCAGAUAAUGAUAUUGUGCUUUGUGAUGGGACAUGCAAUUGUGCAUUCCACCAAAAGUGCCUUGAUCCUCCAUUGGACACUGAAAAUAUUCCUCCAGGAGAUCAGGGGUGGUUUUGCAAAUUUUGUGUGUGUAAGAUAGAAAUUAUUGAAGCUAUGAAUGCACAUAUUGGAACACACUUCCCUGUGGACAGCAAUUGGCAGGAUAUUUUCAAGGAAGAAGCUGCUCUCCCUGAUGAUGGGGGAGCUUUAUUAAACCAAGAGGAGGAAUGGCCUUCAGAUGAUUCUGAGGAUGAUGAUUAUGAUCCAGAAAGGAGAGAAAAAAGCUGCAGUGCCAGCGAGGUGGGCACUGAUGAAGAUGCAUCUGAUAAUGCAAGCAGUUCAACUAGCUUGAGUUGGUCUUUAGAUGGUGAAGCUUUUUCAGGAUCUGGUACAUGGGAAUUGGAGGGAGAUCAUUAUAGAAGCCAAUUAGUCGACAGCAGUACAAAUUCUGCUGAGACCAGCGAUGCGGAAAUUAUACAUAGCCGUAGACAGCGAAGAGCAGUUGAUUAUAAGAAAUUAUAUGAUGAAAUGUUUGGAAAGGAAGCUCUCCCAUAUGAGCAAAUUAGUGAGGAUGAAGACUGGGGUCCUCAUAAAAGAAGGCGGAGAGAAAAGGAAUCAGAUGCUGUAAGCACCCUUAUGACCCUGCAUGAAAGUGAGAAGAAAAGCCCAAAUAUUGAAACUGUAGAAGUGGGAGAAAAACUUUCUCCUGAUGAUAAAGCUAGAAGGACGAUUUUCAGAAUUCCUCCCAAUGCAGUUGAGAAGCUUCGCCAAGCUUUUGCUGAGAACGAACUUCCUUCUAGAACCAUCAAGGAGAAUCUUUCAAAAGAGUUGGGUCUUGAACCGGAUAAGGUAAGCAAAUGGUUCAAGAAUGCCCGCUAUAUUGCGCUAAGAACAAGAAAGGCAGAGGGAGCAAAACAACACAAUUCUAGCCCUCAAUUUCUAGAGGAAUCUGGUCUACAAUUAUGUAACACUGAAAAUCCAGAUGAUGUGGUAAUGGAAAACAACUCGGCAGAAGGUGAGAAUUCGAUAAAGAUACAUAAGGGAGUGAACCAGAAUCGUCGUGGUUCACUUAGAAAAAGCAAUAAGAUUAACCUUGAGUUCAAUGAUGACAUGAGCUUGAAGAAGCUUCUGAAAGCCAAAAGGAAGGAGAACAAAAAGGUUGGUAUUGCUGCUGGACACAGAUGGCAGGCAUUUGAGGUAGAGAUGGAAAGACUUUAUAGGGCCAAAGUCAGGCUAGAUAAUAUGAAGCAUACGUUAUUAAAACUUAAGAAUCAGAAAGCCAGGAACUUGAAUAAAUCUCAGUUACUUGAAGAGUCUGUGAUUUAUGUUCCUGUAGCAGAGUUGAAAGAAAAAGCUUGAUGCUACUAAAUGUAAUUACCUUUUUGUCAACAGUUUUUGUGUAUGAUAGUUUCAUGCUUUACAAACUUUGUUUCAGCUGAACCUCAUCCAAAUAACAGUGAUAAAGUAGUCCUUCAGUUUA